AUGCAGACGGAGGGCUACUUCAGUUCUCUGUGCGUCAGCACCACAGGAGUCAAUGCAACGCAGGUCUUAGAUUGCAGCGGACAGGAUGAACAGUUUUCUCUUGUUUUCACCAUCGCCUCCUUUCUGUUCAGUUUUCUGAUGCUACCAAAUGGUGUCCUCUUCGACCGGUUUGGUACUACAGUGGCUCGGCUCUUUGGAAUAACUCUUUACACCACGGGUACCUUGAUGAUGGCCUUCUCGACUGCAGCUUUAUCAAACCUGAUGUUCCCAGCUCUCGCCCUCAUGGCGUCGGGUGGCAACAUGCUUCUACUGACCAACUUGCAGUUAGGAAUCUUGUUCGGGUCACAUCGCUCCACUGUCAUCACUCUCUAUAACGGGUCCAUUGGCUCUUCAGCCGCGCUCUUCCUUGUCAUCAAGCUGUUGCAUGAGGCUGGCAUCUUUUUCCUCCCCUCCUUCCUCUUCCUCUCCGCCUGCAGCGUCCUUCACCUGCUCAGGACUUUCUUCCUGCUGCCCCGAGGCAAAAUUCCCCACCCACUGCCUGAUGGCUACACAUGCGGGAUAACCUGUGGUAAAUCAAAGACUCUGAGCUUGGAGCAGAUAACAGCGGAGGGUAACAAUCAACCGAUGACAGAGGAGGUCAAGGACGUCCCGGAUCAAGAGAAGAGUUUACGUGAGUGUUUGAAGUCCAGGCUCUUCUGGUGGCACCUGCUGUGGCUGUCAGUGAUGCUGCUCAGACAUUACCUCUACAUCGGCACCCUCAACCCCAUGCUGCAGCGGCUGACGAAUGGAGAUCCUUCACUUGUGAGCUGGUACACCAAUGCCUUUGCUAUAACACAGCUGUGUGCUGUGUUGUGUGCUCCAUGGAAUGGCCUCAUCUUCGACAGAAACAAGGGCAAACCUAGCACUGAAGGAGAGAGUGAAAAGGAAGCAGACCUGAGGGCCUCAGUACUUUCUCUCUUCCUGACGGCGCUGCAGUGCGUGUUGUUCUCAGUCUGUGCCUGCCUCCCCUCCCUGCCGCUUCAGUACUUCACAUUUGUCCUGGAGGUAAUCAACCGCUCUUUCCUCUUUGGCGGCAACGCAGCUUUCAUCAACGUGGCUUUCCCGUUGUGCCACUUUGCGAAGCUGUAUGGUCUGGUCCUGGCUCUAUCUUCAGUGUUUUCCCUGCUGCAGUAUGCCUGCUUUGCACUGGUGAACGGACCUCUUCAUGGAGACCCUUUAUAUGUGAACAUUGGUGUGUCGCUGCUCAUCUUGCUCGCCUUCAUCCAUCCUCUCUCUGUGUUCCUGCACUGUCGAAGUCUCGCCUCCCAACGAGCCAUCAGUGCCUCCUCAUAAUGUUUGUGAAAUGGGAUUUGCACUUCAAAUUAUGUCAGCAAUGAUAAACAACAAAGCUCUGCCAUCUGCUGGACGCUUAAUUAUCAGUGUAGCUGUUAGAUACUGAUAUUACUGUACCAAACAUACUCAAUCUCCUUCUAUGUUUUCAUUUUAUCAAACAUAUACAUCUUGUGUUUUGAGCAUGUCUAUAAGUAGAACAAAAUUUGAUGUCAUGAUGGAUUCCAUUUUUUAUUUGAAUAUGCCAAAUGUAAUGAUAUUCGUCAAAUUAUACAGAGAUAUAUUUAUGUUUCAGGUCCACCGUUUUUUUAAGUGCAACAACUGAGGAGGUUGUCAAAUUGUUGAAAUGUUAUGAAAUAUAUUUUCAAUAUGAAAAUAUAGUGUGUUAAAUGGAAUUAUUCCCUAUAUAAAUGUAAUUGUAAUAUCAUUUGUAAUUUUUAAAAACAACAAGGAAAUGUUGUAUGUUGUUUAGCAUGACAUUAAAAUUAAAGAGAUACAAGGCUGAACUCCAAACUACCCCUGCGUGUUUUGCCCAGUGUUUGGUGGAUGUUUGGAGUCCAUGUUUUCUGGUGAAAUUUGAU